UUUAGUAAGAAGUGCUUCCCUCUUGGCUUAAUCUACUGACACCAACAAAAUAUUUAGCUUAAACUGAUUCUGUAAUAUUAUAUUUCAAAAUUAAAUUUUUUAAGAUGCUGUAUCUUUCUUUCUAAAUCUUCAAGAAAUUGCCCAUGAUCUUUGGGAAGUCCACUAUUUAAAAUCGCCCUAUAUCAAUAGCUAAGAUUUUUAAUUAGGAACCAACACAGAGCUUAGUUUUCUUAAUUUGUUUUGUAUCUUUUUGACAAAACAUGGACACAAGGCAAUUCUUAAUUCUGUUCUUUUUCUGUUUCUGUCAGUUCUCUUUUUCUUCAUCCAUAUCUCAUCUAUGCUCCAAAGAUGAAAGCAUUUCUCUUCUAAAAUUCAAGAAAAUGUCUACCCUCUUAAAUCUCUCUUAUUAUUCUCAUAUCUGUGAUGAUGAAGGUCAGAAAUCUUAUGCAAAAAUGAGUUCAUGGAACAUGAGCAGAGAUUGCUGCUUAUGGGACGGAGUGAUAUGCGAUGAGAUGACUGGCCAUGUCAUUGAUCUUGACCUCAGUUGCAGCCGUCUUGUAGGGAUUAUUGAUUCCAAUAGCAGCCUAUUCCAACUCUCUCAUCUCCAAAAGCUCAACCUCUCUUAUAAUAACUUCUCCAAUUCUCACAUCUCGCCUGAAUUUGGCAGGUUUAUGAGCUUGACACAUCUUGAUCUUUCUUACUCAUAUAUCUCAGGUCAAAUUCCUUCUGAAAUAUCUCAUCUUUCCAAGUUACAGUCUCUCCGUCUCCCCACAUUUUUUGGAGGUGGUCCUAAAUUGCUGAGACUCGCAGCCCACGAUUUUAAAUUGCUCCUUCAGAAUUUGACCCAAUUACGAGAGCUUGAUCUUAGUGGUGUGAACAUCUCUUCCACCAUUCCUCCAAAUAUCUCUUCUUGUUUAACAACUCUGUGGCUAAUAGAUACAAGCUUGUAUGGGAUAAUACCUCAGAAUAUUUUUCACCAGCCCAACCUGGAAAGUCUUCGGUUAGAAGAGAAUGAUCAACUCAGUGGUUAUUUUCCAAAGACCAAAUGGAACAGCAGUGCGUCUCUCAUAGAGUUAGGUCUUGGUGGCGUAAAUUUUUCUGAUAACUUGCCUGAGUCUCUUGGCUAUCUAACUUCACUACAGUACUUGGCACUUUAUUCGUGCAAUCUUUGGGGGGAAAUUCCUGAAUCUCUUUCGAACCUCACUGGCAUAAAGCAUUUGAUCAUUUCAAAUAACUCCCUGAAUGGAACAAUACCAUCAUGGAUAUUCUCCCAACUUCCAUCACUAAGUACUCUAGACUUGGGUAAUAACAACUUUUCUGGUCAGCUUGAGGAUUUCAAGUACAAUGCACUAGUCUGGAUUGACUUAAGUGACAAUCAGCUGCAAGGCCAUCUUCCCAAGUCAAUAAAAAACCUUGUAAACCUAACAAGGCUUUAUCUCUCUUACAAUAAUUUUAGUGGUCAUGUGGAUGUCAGCUUGUUUUCAGACCUUAAGUAUCUUACGCGUCUUGAUCUUUCAUACAAUCGUAUCUCAUUGACUAAUGAGAAUAAAGUUAAAUCUACUUUGCCCGAGUCUCUCAAAUACUUACAGUUGGCUGCAUGUAAAGUGAAAGAAUUAGAAUUUUUGAGUUCCGCAAAGCAACUUUUGGUGUUGGAUCUUUCAUAUAAUAAGCUUCAAGGAAGAAUUCCUGAUUGGACAUGGUCUAGCUGGAAGUUUUCAUUGAUAAAUCUGAAUAUAUCCCACAAUAUGUUGACAAGUGUGGAUUCAAUUCCUCUUCAAUCUGUAUCUAUUAUUGAUUUGCGGUCCAAUUUGCUUCAAGGUUCAAUACCUAUUCUUCCAGAUUCCAUAAGAGUCUUCUUCAUUUCUAAUAAUAAACUCAGUGGAGAGAUUCCUUUGUCUAUUUGCAAUUUGACGUCACUGCAAAUACUAGAUUUGUCCAGCAACAACUUGCGUGGAGAAAUUCCACAAUGUUUGGGAAAGAUCAGUGGCCUCGAGGUUUUUGAUAUGCACCACAACAAACUCUCUGGGACUCUUCCAACAACCUUUACCAUUAGAACUUCACUUCGAAGCCUCAACUUGCACAACAAUGAACUCGAGGGGAAAAUCCCCCAAUGUUUGGCCAAUUGCAAAGAGUUGCAAGUUCUGGAUUUAGGUGAUAAUCACCUGAACGACACAUUCCCCGUGUGGUUGGGAACUCUGCCCAAAUUGCAAGUUUUAAGCUUGCGAUCAAAUAAACUACAUGGUUCUAUCUGCACUUCAAGGAUUAAAGACAUGUUUCCUGAACUUCGAAUCAUAGAUCUCUCUUACAAUGCCUUCUCGGGAAACUUACCUACAAGUAUGUUUCAACGUUUGAAAGCUAUGAGGAUAAUUAAUCAAACAAUGAAGGCACCAACAUAUCUUGGAGACAGUUAUUACCAUGAUUCGAUUACAGUAGCAACCAAGGGACUAAAGCUUAAACUUGUUAGAAUUUUGUCUGUUUACACCACUAUUGAUCUUUCAAGUAACAAAUUUGAAGGACGUAUUCCAAGUAUUGUGGGAGAACUUAUUGCGCUUCGGGUGCUUAAUUUAUCUCAUAAUAGAUUGCAAGGUCCUAUACCUUCAUCACUUGGAAGUUUAUCUGUAGUCGAAUCAUUCGACCUUUCGUUUAACCAGCUUUCAGGAGAGAUACCACAUCAACUUGCUUCUCUUACAUUUCUUGAAUUCUUAAAUCUCUCCCACAAUCAUCUCCAAGGAUGCAUCCCUCAAGGACCUCAAUUCGCUACAUUUGAGAACAAUUCCUAUGAAGGUAAUAAUGGAUUACGUGGAUUUCCAGUUUCGAAAGGUUGUGGCAAUGAUUGGGUACCAGAGACAAAUAAUACCGGAUCUGCACUGGAUGAUCAAGAAAGCAAUUCUGAAUUUCUGAAAGAUUUUUGGAAAGCUGCUCUUAUGGGCUAUGGAAGUGGACUGUGUAUUGGAUUAUCAAUAGUAUAUUUCAUGAUUUCAACUGGAAAUCUGAAAUGGCUUGAGAGAAUCAUUGAAGAACUGGAACACAAAAUUAUUAUGCGAAGGAGGAAGAAGCAGCGAGGCCAAAGGAAUUACAGAAGAAAUGAUCGCUUCUAGACAAGUUAACUAUCCAGAAAGAUUUGAUUUCAGAACUUCAGAUGUCAAGGAUAAGAAGACGUUGGCGUAACGGAUUGGGUUAUUCCUACGUUCACAUUUAUGCUUUAUUUUGAUAUGUCUCUUUCCUGCGUUUGCAUUUGUUUUUCUCCUUUGUCACUUGGAAAAAAUUGUAUUAAUCUACCUAAGCUAUAUUAGCUUGAUAUAUAUAUAUAUAUUUCAAGUUCAUAUUCUCAACUUUGAAUGUCUCAUUACAUAAUCCUAAAAGGAAGACAAUAGCUCAAGCUAUUUAAUUCAUCAUUUCGAACCAUAUUUGUUUCGCAAACAGAAAUAAGUUUAUAACUCAUUAAGUAAUUGAUCUGUUACAUAGAACAGAACAUAUUACGAAUCAAAACCUGAAUUCUCUUCAUUAUCCCGUCUUCACAGGAGCUAGAUGUGAAGAACCUAAGAGGGACUCCCAUACAAGAGAAAGAAAACGGUGUCGACAAAAGAAAUCACAUCAAAAAAAAAAAAAAAAAAACGAUUUAUCUCUGCAAAUUCCCUCUCUUUUAAUUAUAUCAAAAGAUUUGAGUAUGAGAAUACCUCUGGCAGGUAUAAAGUUCCCAAAAAAAUAAAAACACCCUUCAACAAGGGAAAUAAGUGUGGGGGCUUAACCCGCUCUAAAGUUUCAAAUUAAAAAAAAAAAAAAAAAAAGGGAAAAUGGCUAAAAUUACCCUCGAACUUUGAAAAAUAGUUCAUUCAUAUCAUUCGUUAUAUUUUAGGGUCAAUUAUACCCUUAUGUCUAACGGCUUCCACGUGGCAUCAUCCCAGUCCUUCAAAAUUAUUUUACCCACUAAAAUAACUCAACCCGAUUCGAAUUAUUUUUUUUCCAGCAAAACUAAUACGGAUAAUUUUUCCAGCAAAAAAAAAAAUCGCAUUAAUUUGGCUGGAAAAAAAAAUUGGGACAGGUUGAGUUAUUUUAGUGGAUAAAAAAUUAUUUGAGGGUAAAACAAUUUUGAAGGGUUGAGAUGAUGUCAUGUGACAGCCAUUAGACAUAAAGGUAUAAUUGACUCCAUAGUAUAACAGUAAGGGUAUAAUUGACCCUAAAGUAUAACAAAGGGUAUGAAUAAACUAUUUCCCAAAGUUCAGAGAUAAUUUUGGCCCUUUUCCGUAAAAAAAAAAGAGGAAAAACGCAAACAGUCUUUCCAAAAGAAUCCUCACAUUCACUGCAAAAAGAUUUUCAUCAACAUCUAAUCCUAAAGGAUGCUACAUAUGGUCUGAAUUUAGGCACCACCAGAGCCAUAUUUCUUUCGAUCAUCUGAAACUUAUCAUAUCCAGCCAACAGACCAGCACCAGCAAUGGCACGAAGGAUGUUAAGAAUUAGGACCCUCGUUCUUAAGAAUCUGGGAGAAUGCGUCUAGUGAGAUCUUGUACUUGACAGCUUCACCGGAGAUCAUCAUCAUCAUCCUUCUUCGGACAGUUUCAAUCAGCCACCCAAGAGCAGAGCUAGCAAAGAAACUAUCCCGCAAACAUCCAAAUACAAACGGUCUCAGUAACUCCAGAGAUAACAGCUAAUUUUAUAGCAUUAUAUGUGGUUGAGCAUAAGCAGAUGUAUUUGAUCUUAUAAUAUAAAUCUUUAUCUU